AUGGUCGGAGUCGGAAGAAAUCUGGGUCAGAUCUGCUUGACCAGACGACCACUUGAGCCCGAUAUACUUCCGCUCACUGCAGUCCUAUCGCAGCAGCUGUGGGCCAAAGCAAAACAGCACAUUGACAUUUUCGCACCUGGUGGGUAUCCAUCUUUGCCCGCAAUGUUCCUUCCUCUGACAUGGCAACAAACAGUCUUGUACUCCAAGGUUUGA